GGAUGUAUGCUGACCUCACUACUUCUUACAAGGCGACCGAGAUAUUAUAUGCAUUUUCAUUUUUAAUGCAGGAGAAUGAGAAAAUAGCAACACCCGAUAGCAUCUGGGCUUUAAUCACACGUGCUGUAGAUCGUUUGCAUCGUAGUAGCCUACGUACGGCAUUAUUAGUCUCGCUCUGGCAUGGAUCUGAAGCUUGAAUAAGUUGUCUGCACUCAUUGCCAUCAACCCUCCCCGUCCCGGAUUGUGCUUCUACAGAUUUGGCAUCUAGGAUCUAUCAUCCCCCUCUUUUUCCUCUACUACACUGGCUGGCUGUUAGGAUCCACUUCCUUCAGCUACACGAGGGGCCAUCCUCAUUGGUCUUGAUGAGCGUGAGGGCCUACCCCCACCACUCCUUGGCCAAUCCUCAUGGGAGCGUACAGCUGACAUAUGACGCUGCAAGGCGGUGCUUAUGUUGGGGCGACCUGAACUGGCUGGCUGUGCUGAGUUAAAUGGAGGAGCAGGAGAGGAGCAGGUCCCCAUCCCGAGCCAAACGGGUGGAGCAGGCAGUGGGCCGGUGGCUGCGUCGCUCCCGAGACUCCAUCAGCAGGGAGAGGAAGUCGGCAGACGGCUGGCCGGUCGGGGCCAGCGGGAGCGCCCCCCAGAGCACCCCGGUGAGGGUGACUGUGCAGAUCCUGCGGGACCCGCUUCUGGAGUCUCACGGUUUCAGCGUCUCCGAGCAGCCCCCCCUGCAAGUGAGGGACGUCACUUCAGGCGGCCCAGCAGAUGGGAAGCUUGUCCCUGGUGAUCAGCUGCUGAAGAUUAACAAUAUCGCAACAGACGACCUGUCCCCUGAGCAAGCUGCAGUCAUUAUCAGUGAGGUGCCAGACUCUGUGACCAUGACCGUCCUUAGACAAUGUUUGGGCCCAAAGUCUUCCUUCAUGACCGCUGAAAAAAGGGCACGUUUACGGUCCAAUCCUGUGAAGGUGCGCUUUGCAGAGGAAGUGGUCGUCAAUGGUCAUGCUCAGGGAAACUCUCUACUCUUCCUCCCUAAUGUAUUGAAGGUGUACUUGGAAAAUGGCCAGACAAAAGCCUUCAAGUUUGGAACCAUGACCACAGUGAAGGACAUCCUUGACACCCUGAAGGAGAAGCUGUCCAUUCGCUGCAUAGGGUAUUUUGCCCUGGUCCUGGAACAGCAGUAUACUACCACCAGGCUACUGCUACUGCAUGAGGAGGAGAUAAUCCACAAGGUUGUGCAGAGGAAGGAUUCACAUGACUACCGUUGUCUGUUCCGAGUGAGCUUCUUGCCUUGCGAUCCAUUGGAGCUGCUUCAGAGAGACCCUGCGGCCUUUGAGUACCUGUACCUGCAAAGCGUCAGCGACGUGCUGCGGGAGCGCUUCGCUGUGGAGAUGAAAUGCAACACCGCCUUGUGCCUGGCGGCACUGCACAUGCAGGAGAGGGUGCACAGCUGCGGACAGACGCACAAGACGUCCGUCAAAAGCAUCACGAAGGAAUGGGGCAUUGAGAACUUCAUCUCACCAACCCUGCUGAGGAACAUGAAGGAGAAGGACCUCAGGAAAGCCAUCAGCUAUCACAUGAAGAAGACUCAGAGUCUCAUGGAGCCGAGGCAGAAGGUGCUGUCAGUAGUCCAGGCCCGUCUGAACUACCUGAAGCAGCUGGGGGAUCUCAUGUCAUACGGGGGAAAAUUCUUCACAGCCACCAUGAUGUACCAGGAGAGAGAGACUAUGGUGAACCUACUGGUGGGGGCCAGGUAUGGCAUCAGUCAGGUGGUCAACCACAAACUGAACCUCCUGUCCCCCCUGAUGGAGUUCAACAGCAUCGGUCGUGUGGAGCUGAUGCCUGAGUCCGAGAAGACCAGCCUGGUCAGGAUCUAUAUACAGGACAUGAAGCCUGUGACUCUGCUGAUGGAGCCUGUGGCUGCCAAAGACCUGUCGUGCCUGGUGAGUGGCUACUGCAAGCUGGAGGCAGAACGCGCGCAAGCCAUCUUCUUAUUGGCCAACCAACCCAGGGAGCAUCGCAUCUCAGCAGAGGAAGGUUACGGGUCUCGUGGUUGCAGCGAUUCAGACGAGUCCUCCGAGGCAGAAGCCGGCGACGACACUUUGGAUGACCUACCUGAAAAUGAACCUGGGGUCACGCCAGAGUGCGAGGCGGAGAAGCUACACAACGCACAAGGAGGAGAAGACUGGGCAGAGGAAGAGGAGGAGGAGGUGCAGGAGGAGGAGACCCCCGAGGCAGCAGCAGCGGCUGGAGACCACGCGGAGGCGAAAGUGGGAGGAGGAGGAGGGGCGAACCAGAGAAGGUGUGAAGCGCAGCUAGGCGAGAACUUGUUUCUGGAGCUGUCGGACUUUUGCCACACCGACUCUCGAGUCGACGCCAGCUUUUCCAGCGACUCCAUGGACGCCCUGAUGGAGGAUGCCGUCAUGCCCCGUCCCUCCGGUGGGACGAACCCGCAGGGCCGUCAGCCUGACCUUGCGGACACACCAGCGGAGACGGGUCCGGAGGCUGAGGUCGUCGCCCUUCGACCCGCCGACAUCGAUUACGACAAGGACCCUUCCCUGUGUUUCGCUGAGCUGUCCCGCAUGGUUGACUUCCUGCCAAGUCCCCCAGAAGCCAGCGAGGAAGAGGAGGAGCAGGUGGGCUCUGGCCUUCCCCCGCAGAGAGACCAAAUGCUUGCGUACGAGGGGAGUAAACUGCAGUGCCGCUUCAGCGUCCGCUCAAAAGCCAGCGGCCUGCUCAAAACGCAACCUGUCCACACACAGAGAGCAGAAGAGCAGGCCCCGUCCCAGAACUCAGGUCCAGCCCCCGUUGUUCAGCCCUCGUCUGUUUUUGGGGACAGCAGCUCAGAAGAUGAGUUUUUUGAUGCUCAUGACAGAUUCACUCCGUCGGUGUCGACAGUGGAUAGCGCCUCAGAAAUGCUCCCAGAAGACAGUGGUGUGGUGAGGACGCAGGGUCUGAGUGCUGGAGUGAGGGAAGAGGAGAGAACCAGCAAGAGAAGGGGAGGGCAGCAAGAGGCAGACCUGGAACCUUCCGUGAAAAAGUGCCACAAACGGCAAGCAUCCUUCCCAAGGAUAGAUCGGCCUAUGGUCUGUGAGGAACAGGUGUGCUAUUAUAGCGGCAAACCAUCGGACUCUCGUCUUUGUCUCAGCGUCACCUCCUUAAGCGGUUCCAGAGUGGAGACUGCACCGUCCAGUCCCAUCCCCAGUUCCUGCUCCCGCUCGGCUGGUUGUUACGGUGGUAGGACGCCUAGCCUUGCACAUCCACUCUCCUCUGAACUAGCAGGAGAGGAGCGAGCUGGGGUGGUAGUCGAGGCAGAGAUGGAGAAGCCCCCUGUGGCCUCCCUCUUGAGCCCGACUAUGGCUCGCCCCCCGAAGACCGAGAGCAGCAAGGUUCACACUGCUGAUGGGAAGGAGAAUGAGGAAAACCAUUGUGCCGCUUCCUGUACAAAAGGGCCUGCCUCCAAUCCCAUGCUUCCCAGUACCGCAGCUAGUCUGUUGACCAACCAGCAGCCUAGAAAGGGGGCCAUGACUGACAUAGGGUUGGGCACCACCAAAGUCCCCCUUGCUGAAGGGCAGGGAGCAGGCCAGCUGGAAGGAAGCCCAAGACCGCGAUCAACCUUGCUUACCCAUCGACCAGAGGAAGCUAGAGGCGGACACUCAUUGUCACAAAGCAUCUCACCCCAACCUGCCUUGCCAUCGUUGUGUCCUCUUUUGCCCAUGCCCAAGACCCCCAGCCCCAAGACAGACACAAAGAGCAACCAAGAGGUCAAUGAGCAGGCUGCUCCUCCUCCUUUCCGUCUGGAGCACAGGAAAAGAAACAGCUGCUUUGCCUUGCUCCUGAGAAAUGGUGUGUCACCGAGCUACGAGAACCUUCUCCGCUCUGAAAUGGAGGCCCUUGGUGUGAAAGACACCAGGGCGAUCGGGAGGUCUAGUGCUUCAGUCAAAGAGUCGAGUGGCUUAGACAUCCAGGGCUGCUCCUCGGCAUUGGGGAGCCGCCUCUCUUCCUCCAUGAUUCGGUGUAAGAUACAGAAGCUGCCCUGGUACCUGUCCCGGUCUCAGGAGCCCCACAGCACCCGGGGCAACGGUAACCCUGAUGACAGCCACAAUUCAUCAGGGUCCUCGGACCUGAGCCAGUGCAGAACAGAGGUCAUGAAGGUUGUGGACCAGGAUUCCAAAUUUGCAGAGAAGGCCACUGAGAUUGGCAACCACUCAGAGGAACAAGUGGAUCUCAGAUCAGACACUAGUUUAUCAGAGUCUGGUCUCUGCGUCAAAACUGAUGACUCGGUCGUGGUUUCCUCCUCUGUGGAUAUGAAACCAGAGACUCGAGUGCAAGCAGAUACCAGUGUUGGGUGUCAAGGGCCAACAUCACAGUUUGGGGUGGAGGAGGAGUCAAAUCCAGGGGUCAACGGCUCCAUAGCAAGGACUGUGGAAACUUGCAACCCCAAGCAAACGUGCAGCGCUCUCCAACAAUGUGAGUCUGAGCAGCCCCACCCCCUCCCUCAGCCCUGGCAUCACCCCUGUCCCAGCAGAAGUGCCAGCCCGGGUUGUGGCUCAGCUUCAGGCCUGGCAGAGAAGCAGGCUCACCGGGAGGCCUGUGGGUGCCGGACCGUCUACGCCAACUGCUUCAGUGGGGAUGUGGAUGGAAGCGGGUUCGAUGAGGAGCUGACGGUGCACGAGUUCUCCCGCAGGACGCAGGCGGUUGAGGGGGCACCUAUGACAUCCCCGCUCCCCUCCUCUUUCUCCUCUAACUCAUUCCCCUCCUUUCCUGCUGGCACUCUCUCUCACUCCGCUACCUCUGAGUUGAGCCCCCUGCUGCCCUCGCUGGAGACCCGCAACGGCCUCCCGGCCACGCCUCCUGAGGACGCGCUCACCCAGCUGCGCACCCGCCGUUACCGGCUCCCGGGCGGGUUUGCCUCGUUGCAGCGGGACGUGGAGGAGCUCCUGGCACUCCUGCAGGGGGCGCCCUGGGACAGGGGGCAGCAGCCCGACCAGGCCACCCGCGAGCCCCUGUUCUCUGACAGCGGGCAGCUCCUCCAUGCCGAGGCGCGCAGGCUGAUGUCGGGCUGCCAGCAGGUGACCCGCGUGGGCCAAACGCCCGAGGAGAUGCUGCAAUGCUUGGCCGACGGCUUCCGUGCCCUUGUACGGCUCGCCUGUUCGUGUCUGCGCUCACCAGGCGGGGUGGGGAGCCGCGAUCAGGCCCUGGGCGCCCUAAGGGAGAUAGCUGGGGCAUACGGGGAGUUCGCCCGGGCGGCGGAGAGAGUGAGCGGGAGAGAGAGCUGCCAGGACCUCAGCAUCAAGCUCCUGGCCAGGCAGUGCACUGCCCUCACCACGUCCAUCUUCUGUCUCACACAGCUCUUCUGCACCAUCACCACUCUAUGAUGGCUUUCACUUCUGACCUUUGACCUUUAACCCCUGAUGCCAGUCUGUGAAACAGAUAAAGGCAUUAUACCUCAUUGAGACCACAAUGUGUUAGUUCCCGCAUUGGGAUAGGGAACUUUUUUGAGUCUGUGUGUGACAGCUUGUUUGCUCUAAAGCCGUAGCUCAGCUGAAACACUGAAUCCUCUUCCAAUUUGUUUUUAGGAUCAAGGCUUUCUAUCAACCCCAUUAGUUUGGCUGAGUAUUAUCUGCCAGCUGGGGAGUUUGAGGGGCUGAGUGAUUUUGUAAUUUGCAAUAAUCUGUGUCUGUGCACAUGUGUAAACCAAACAAAAUCUAUUUUUUCUGAAACGGCACUUUGUUGUAUCAAUUAAAUUAUGCCACUUGCUUGUCUAUGGAAGCAAAUUUGGAGCUCCUGCUAAGUGAUAUACACUGUAAAAGAAGCAUGCACCCUUUUCUGUCACAAUGGUGGAGACAACAAGUGCCAAGUCUACAAGAAACAUUUGCUAUUCUAUGGUUAACAGGUUCAUUUGUAAUUGGCAAAGAAGAGCGCAGCCAUUCAUAGCCAGAAAUAUUGUGCGCAAAUAAAGACACAUACAUGCACUGUGCCAUACAAACACCAAAACCUGCACAUACAUGCACUAUCCAAUAACAACUGAUUUAAAAAACAAAACAAAAAACAGACUGAUACACCAAGGGACUUGUACACUACAAAGCAGCUGUCCACAACAGCAAUCGCAUGUUCUCCCCCACACUUGAAAACGGAAGUUUGGAUUAUUUAUUUAUUUCUGUAUUAAAAUUUAAAUAUAUUUAUUUACUUAUUUAUUUUGCUUCCGUACACUGAUCGCACCAUGGUUUCCUUUGCUGGGGAAACCAGGAACUGGAGUGCCGGUCAGAGAGACUGUUCUUCAGGGCCGAUGCAUCUGCCAAGCAUGGCUCUCUACCUCCCGCCUCAGACUGAACACUGUUCUUUCGAGCACUGGUUCGCCACUGGAAGAUCACACUACGGUGGACAAAAUCUUUGUUUUUGUAUGUCACAGUAUUACUAAUCAUAGAUGUAGCAUAUGUAGCUAAUAUCAUUUGUUUAUACAUGAAUUUCUAAAUGCAUUUCCCAGCAGGAUAUUUAUUGAAGAAAAGCGUUAUUGUCCUGAGUGUUUUUGAAGGGCUUUUUCACAUAGUUCAUUGUUGAUGUGUUUUUUUUUUUUUUGGGUUAUAUUUCUCACACAUGGAUUGAAGAAACCUUUCCGUAGAGAAAUGAAGAUGGUCAGUCAUAAUGUAAAGCCAUGCUGUAUUUCCCUCAGCUUAAAGGGCAGAUCUAGUUUCAUAAAGAGUAACAUCCUAGGACACAAAGUGUUUUCCUGUGUCUUAAAAAAAUGCAUAUUGAUAUUAUGGUUAAAACCAUUGAGGAUAUUAUGCAAAGUCUCCAGAACAAUGACAAUGACGUACUUCAUAGUCUCACUGAACAACCAUAAAUAAAAAACACUAAAUAUACUGCAGGAAUCACUACCUCAGUUGGUUCUUAGGUGGUCAUACAGCUGACUGUUAAAAUGCCUAACUAAAUGACCUGUCCAUCCAUAGGAUUUACCUGAAUUAUUAUAGGGGUUACAAUUUUAGCAAGGGAAUUUGGGUCUGGGACCGACAAGUCACAGAAAUAUGUACCUUAAAGGCACAGUAUGCAGGAUUUCUACCUUGAAAAUAUUGUGAAAUAUAAUAAACAUACUAAGGCAUAUCAUAUCUCAGUGAAGCAAAGUGAAAGCAAGCCAACUAGGAAUUACUUUUUCUUGCUGGCCAUCGCUAUCGAAAAACAAUAAGAACUAAAGAUAAAGCGGAUUUGAAACAUAAAAACUGAGAUGAGGUGGGGUUGAGGUGGAGAUGAUUGUAAACACAGGACCACAAAAACAUCUUGCAUAGUGUGCCUUUAAUACAAGAACGUAUUGAUAGACAAUAUGCUGACUGUAAUAGCCCAUUGAAAUGCACUGCAGUUGCCUGGAUUCCUGAUGUGAAUUUUGCUAUGACUCUGAAAUGAAAUGUUUUUACACUGCAAAAUAUCCUUUGCAAGUAAUGCUGUCUGCUAUUCCAAAACUGCAUAUUGUUCAUUAAAACCCAGUCACAUGGCAAUGUCUUCUGUGGGAGAAUACUUGCAUUCUGACCUUAGUUCCAUGCACCGACAGACUUUAGCGAUAGUACGGUCUUCAAACAGAAAAAAAAAAAAAGCUAAAGUACAUAAAAGAAUGGAAGGCAUCAAACACUGUAGGCAUUCAGAAGCAUUUGGAAUGGGAGCUAGCACUGUGUAUCAUAAGACUGUAAUGCAUCCUAAAAUGUAGUGCGAUUGAAUUCCUGGUCUUGCCUUGCUAGUCCUGGCUGUGGCGGAAAGUCAAGUACCCAAGCACUGCUAGCCACAGCAUCGCCCAAGGACGGAGGGUUUCCCUAUGUAGCUCCAGUUACUGAUCGUUACCGAUCGCUUCAGAGUCCUCCAAUGCAGUUGAUGGCACAGCAGUUGGAUUGCAUAGUGAAAAGAAUCAGCAGCUGGCUGUGCUAUGCCCAUCUAGAUCCAUGGAGAACAUUGCGGAGAUUGGUCGAGCCUAAAUCACUUUUACGUGCUCUGAAAUCUGGGGAGAAGAUAAAUAUAAUAAAUGAAGUGGGCUUCUGUAUUAUCUGACUUAUUGUCAGCCCCAGACGAUGACACACUAUGUGUUAAACGUUUUCUUGUUUUCAUGGGCAUCUUCAUUUCUUGGGACCUACCAUGCUUAUGCCAAAAUUGUAGCCGAGUUUUUGCAUCACUGCUUUGCUGUAAAAGGAAGAGGAUUAUGUGAUGUGGCAUUAAAAUAAAUGCCAUCUUUUACUCAAGGAUUUCAUUCUGAGUUAUGGCCAUGCUUAUAAGUAUGCCCAGAUCCAGCAAAAAUAUAAAAAUAAAUAGGGUAACCCUAUAGUCUUUGGUCAGGCCCUAGGACCUAUUGUAUUUCGUCCUCUAGAGUAACACUAUGACCUUUUUUUUUUAACUAAUGGUGAAGGUGUACAUAUCUUAGGUUCAAUAUGCUAACGUGUUGCAGAUGGUGCCUUCUGUGCAAGGUGUUCUACAUUUUUCUUGUCUAGCCAUCAGAGCUUUAAGCUCGCGCCAGUUUUUUUAUUCGGUUUGUUUCAGGGAUGGGCCACUGUUUUGAAGGGUAACAAGUCUUAGAAUCCAAGGAUACAUGUCCAAGGAAUGAGGGAACAUGUAUUCACUUGUUCAGUUAAGCACAAUCCCAGUGUGUGGUUGUAUGAAGAAGACCAGGAAGCACAAGGAUUUUUAAAGCUGUUUCAUACUUGCUGACCUUUGACAGGUGGAUGGACUUUAAGUUUAAGUCUCUGGCCACAAAGGUAAUUUCAAGGACCGUUAAUGGUCAGGGGGAUAAAUGUGGUCUGUAUAGAAUGAAAAAAGGAAUGCAUUGUUACUGCUUCCAUUUUGAAAAUGGCAGUUGUAAUGUUUUUAUUUGUUUGUUUUUUUCAUCUGGGUCAACAUCUUGUUUGAGUGGAACAGUUGAAAAGUAAAGCUCGUUGAUUUCUUUAUUCAUCCAAAAGACAAGCCUGUGCACAGCUCACACCCCAUAAAUUUCAUUCAGAUAAUGUUUUUACAUAACGCCGUGUGGAUUCACACCUGCGCUUGGCUUUGACUGUUUCUCCAUAAGUGUAUUUUUUUUAAUGCAGCCAGCAGAAAAAAUGGCUGAAUCAGAGUGUGCAGGAUUUUGACUGUGUGCUUAUACUAAAUAUAAUGUGGUAUAUCUCUGCCAUCAUGGAUUGGAAUGAUGGGAAAUGCUGCAUGUUUGAGGUCAUUUGAGCUUUGAGAUGUUUAUAUUCUACUUCGAGUAUGUUAACAGCGGGUUAUUUUCUAAACCUUUUCUUAUACUGCACUGAUUGGGAGGGGGUGAUCUGAGCAUGUGCAGAGAAUUCCAUGUUACAUUUCCACUGAAGGUUGUGACCGUAAAACUAAAUGCCUGCUGAUAGCCAUUCCUGGCUAGAAAAAAACGAUUGAUUUAUUUUUUUUAAAAGACAAUCACCGUGCAUUUUUUUGCUGUAU